AUGGCUAUAGAGUCCGGACUUUGCGCAGUGUCAAAAUUACUUGAGGGCAUCAAUGAUGAACCAUCACAUACCCUACCCCACGCAACCAUCGACAAUGAUCGUGGCACUCGUGCCUCAGCUACGCAGAUCGUGCGGCCAGUUAUCCGAGCACGCCGGCAGAACGAUCGACUGUUCGGCAUCAAGCCCCUAAUCCCGUUGGAAACUCUCUUUCAACCCCUCGCGACCGACUAA